CACUCCAUUGCAACUUUUCCAUCUCCUCAGUCAGUGCUCUCUGCCGAGAAUAAGCUAUGAAAUUCAUCCAAAUAUUAUCCAUUUUCGCCCUCUCCUUUCUGCGGCUCAGUCUUCCCUUAGCAUCUCUCUUGAUUCUUCUCUAAUCUCACCCAAAAACCUUCUACUCUCAUUUAAACAAAAUCUCAGAUCUUUAAUUUCUUGCUCAGCCUUUAAUCUCUGAGGAUGUAGUCCCCAAAGCACGCGGUCGCGUUCUAUGCGGAAGCAGCGGCCAUAAACGUCGGUUUCUAUAGCAAAGCCGAUGAUGUUUCGGCCGGAGCUCAAGAGUGGACAAUCAGCGGUGAGAGAUUGUUUGCUGGAAUGGAUUCGGUCAGAGGUUUCUCUCUAUUUUUAUUUCUCAGUUCAGAGUUUCGUGCUCAGAUAUGUUGUUGUUGUGGGAGUCUACGCUCAUAUCUGCUGCUGUUGUGGGAGUACGCUCAGAUCUACUCCUUUUAUUCUAUCUACAACGGAACUAGCGACUGAGGGAUAGAGGAGGUGGCGGCGGAGUUGGAAAUCGGCCGGUUUGUGCCCAUAUUUCUUCAUCACUCCACCCUGCCACUCACAAUCGACGAAAUUGUAAGUGCUCACCAAAGUUCAUUUGAAGAUGACAAGUACAGUGAAAUCAAGUAUCUCUUUCCUUGUAAUUCAUGGAAGAUGAUUACGGAAAAUGAUGUGACGGUCAUGAUUUCCCUCCUUAAGUCCUCGAAACAUGAACAUUUUAAAAAAUUGAUCAGUCCCUUAAUUAAGCCAUUGCUGCGUUUCCUUUAUCUCCCUUGUUUAUCAAGUGAUUUUAUGCGAAAUCUAGGAUCUGCGUGGUUAUUGAUUGGUGGCUUAUGCUACCAUCUUUUGAUUAGCUACACAUAUUUGGAUCCCACUGUAAAAUACUCUGUAAAGCACUCACAGCUGACAGAAAAAAUUGCUUGUCUCCAGCUUGAGAAUGAGGUAAGAAGAGAGUGUACUUAUUUAUCAGGGUCCUUUCAGUUAAGAGAAGAUGACAGACAUACCAAGGUGUUAGAAGAACUCAAUACCAAGCUGAAGAAACUUCAAAAACAUGACAGAAAAACAUUCACUAUUGUGCUUGAAUGCCAAGAGGAGUAAGUAGCUAGUGAAAAGGGGGAAGCUUUAAGGUAUAAAUACUAGUGAACUUUGCAAACUCUUGUAUUAAAAGUUAAAUUUCUAACUUAUGUAAUUAUUCUUUGCAAACUCUUGUAACUCUUGUAUUAAAACUUUACAAAAACAUUCACUAUUGUGCUUUAAAUACAAGCUUAAGUUCAAAAUGGAGAAGGAAACCUCCAUGACAAGUCUCUUGUUACAAAGGACAACACAAGUAAGUUGUGUUAUUCAGUUUUUGCUUUCUUAUCAAUCUAUCUUCUGGCUUUGCACCUUAACUGCCUCAUUUGUAUAGAAACUUAUUUUAUCACCUAGGAGGCACAACAUCUUUAGCUGGCAUCUUUGUGAUUUGUAUGGAAUCAAAAUUGCCAAGUCUUGCGUUAGCCACAGUUCCUAUUAUAGUCAGAUUGUCAUCUAAACAAGCCAGCUCAUCAACUACUCAUAUGGAUAUUAUCACCCGGAUAUCAAUUCUUG